AUGGACCUCCGGAUUUCCAUCUUUAUACACACUAUUUUCAUAUUUCUGUCUAUAAACAGUGCCCAUAAUAAAAGAAGAGAGAUAAAAACAGCCGAGAACAAUGACCUCAGUGCUUCUAUAUUUUUUGACUCAAAACAAUUAAUUUCUACAAAUGGUUAUCCUACAGAGACACAUUCAGUGGUUACGGAAGAUGGUUACAUUGUGAAUUUGUUUCGAAUACCCCAAAAAGGCCAACCAGUGUUGUUAGUUCAUGGAAUUGGUGAUAGUUCAGACUCGUGGUUAAUUCUAGGGCCUCCGAAUUCCUUAGCGUUUCUUCUAUACGACGUUGGUUUCGACGUGUGGGUGUACAACGCCAGGGGCAAUAAAUACAGCCUGAGACAUACCAGGAGUCUUCCAAGAAAACAGUACUGGAAUUUCAGCUAUGAAGAGAUGGGAUCACGCGACUUGCCAGCCACUAUCGAUUACAUUUUGCUCAACUCCUCUCGACCGAAGUUGGACUACGUUGGUUUUUCUCAGGGCACGACAAUUUUUUUCGUGAUGGCCAGCAUGCGACCAGAAUAUAAUAAAAAAAUUAAUCAUGCAGUGCUUCUGGCUCCAGUCGCCUGGGUGAGCAACUUAAAGUACCCUUUUAUAGAUAUUUUGACACAAAAUUUGCGACAGUUAACCAUUGCUGCCAGCCGUUUGGGGAUCUACAAUUUAUUUCCCAAUAGUCCACUAUUGAAUCUAUAUCAUGCCCAAGUAUGCAAUAAAACAAACCCUGCUAGAGUUUUGUGUGAUGCAGAAUAUUACAUAAGUUACGGAUUAAAAGAUAUAAACAAUUUACCGCCUAGCAAGAUUCCGGUGAUAGCUAGUCAUAUACCCGCCGGCACUUCAACCAAGACUUUUCUACAUUUUAUGCAAGGAUACGCUAGUAAGAAUUUCCAAAGAUACAAUUACUAUAGUUUAGAGGAAAAUGACAUGGUGUAUGGAUCUUCUAAGCCACCUGUUUACAACGUGUCUUCGGUCAGUGCACCAAUUUCGUUAUUUGUUAGUGAAUCGGAUUGGUACAGUCAAAUCGAAGAUGUGAAAAUACUCAGACGUAAGUUACCUAACGUUAUGAACUGUAUUGUAUUUAAUAAAACAUUAGAAUUUACACAUCUCGAAUUUAUUUACGGUUCCCGAGUGAAAACAUUAGUUAACGAUCCAGUUGUUAGUUUAUUAAAAUUUUACAAUAAACAGAGUUUUUAG